CGAUAUAGCUAUCAUGUCAGGCAUGAUAAAGACAUGUUAUCAGUAAAAGUUUUUAUGGUUUUAACAAAAUAUGCUGCGACAGAAAAAAAAACUGGAUGUUAAACUGAAUUGAAUAUUUAUUUUUGAAAACAAGCUUAGAAUACUUUAUCUUCAAAACGUUUGUGCUUUUAAACUUGUGGUUACGACGAUUAAAGAGGUUUUGUAUGAAAGAUGCCUGUGCAUUCCUUUGUUGAACGACAAAUUGAAUGUCCCAUAUGUAUGGACAGGUUUGAUACGCCAAGGCUUUUACCAUGUCAACAUACAUUUUGUGAAGCGUGUUUGAAUCGAAUCAUGAAUGGGUCCACUGUGCGUUGUCCGGAAUGUCGUGAAAUUCACAGAGUUUUACACGAUAACGUGUCUUCUUUUCCAAGAAACGUAACAAUUGAACGACUUCUUGAUGGUGCAAACAAUUACGUAACUGUAAGACUUGGGAACCAACCGCAUCAAAGUACUGCAGCACCAAAUCCAGUAACACAUCCGCUAAAUCCAACAGCACCACCUGUAGAAAACCAGGAAAGCCAGUCUACUGCAGCAGCUGUGAUUGAAACAAACAACCAGACGAUAGAAUCUACACCUUCCAAUGCAAACGAUACAAAACGAGGAGGUUGUUGCCAUGAAACAUGUGACUGUUCGUGCUGCAAAAGUACUUAUACCAGAUUAUGGCGAGUUCUUAAAAUUGCCGUUAAAAACACAAAAUUACGGCGAUUUUUCCUUGUGUUUGCUUUUAUUUCUUGUUUGAUCACACUGUCAAGGGGAAUUGCAGGGUUUGUUAAACUCAGCAGUGAUUGUAAACAAGAACACGAUGUCGCUGUUUUCCUUACUGUGAAAGCAUCUCUGGCUUCCUUUUACUGGGGGACGUUUUUCGUUUUGUACUGCGUGAAGCAUCUUCGUAAAGCAAUAAAAAACCCAUUCAUUCUAAUCUACUUGAUACUUGAUGCAUUAUUUGGUGUUCCUUGGCUUUGUUUAGGGACUUACUGGGUAUUUGGAAUGCGCGAGGAGAUCAAGACAGUAUGCCCUCGCUUGGUUGAGAGCUGGAACUCAAGUUUCCUCGACUUUUCUAGUUUUCUUAUCGUUGUGGACUGGAUUUGUUUUAUUGGAUUUUUGUUCUUUGCAGCAUAUGUUGCAUGUGGUCCAGAAACUGUUUAUGAUGGCGAUGAGGAUGAAGACUCCACCGAACAGGAAUCCCGAGGCGGUGUAAGCAAUGCAAAUGUCGAUGCCUUUCAGCAAGGAGGAAAUCAUACAUAGUUAUAUAUAGACAAUGUGCAUACACCAUAUUCCAAGUAUUUCUUUAUUCAUUUUUGUUGCACUGCUUCCUGUCUAUGUAUACAGUAUGUGUGAACGAUGUAGACUGAUGUGUAGGAGGCUACGUUCUUUAGAGUUUGUUUUCCGUUGGAUUUUUGUUCUUACUUUCUAUAGCAAUUUAUGGCUAUAUCUCUUUGUAUAUGUAAGGAUUGUAAGCAGUAUUAUGUAAUGUGCCCAAGCUCAUUAUAAAAGUAAGAAUGAAUUUGUUUGUAUUGAGUUUAUCUGUGUCAAUAAAGAAGAUAUUUAAAGAUAUUAAAUGUGAAAACAUGAUUGCUACAUUUAUCGGCAAAUGUGUAUGUUUCCUUAUUUAUUUCAAACAAAAUUCCAUCGCAAAUACAUUUAUUUAAAAGUAUUGCAACAGCUAGAACACACUUGACUGCAAUUUCACCAAGAGUUACUAAAUUUAAAACUAAAAUGAUACUAGAGGCAUUAACAUAGACUCACCAGAAACAAGAAUGGCAACUGAUUGCUUGAUUCGAUUUUCUUGCAUAGAUUGUCAAACAUUCAUUACUUGGCUUUAUUGAAUGGUUGACAAUAAAGAUCAAAAAUAUAAACUGCUGAGUAUUUUUCAUAUAGUCAACAAUGUUGCGUUUUGCAUUACGACGAAUCUAAAUAUAUCUAUAUAAGUCUCGUUAAAAUGGAGCGCGGGGAUCUAGCGUCCGUACAACUGAUGUCAUAUCGUUCUUAGGGUGUAGCAAAUGAAAGAGUUUGAAUUUAGAUAUCACCCGUUAUGUUACACUAUG